AUGAAGAUUAAAGGUUUUGAGUCUGGAAUUAAUAGUGUUAGUAAGCUACUUAAGGGACAUACCGAUGACGAGGAGUUCGAUAAAUUGGCAAGCGCCAAAUUAAAUGGGAUUAUUGAACUUAGAGGUAGCGCUAAUAGAGAUGACAGUAAAAGAGGAUUGUUCUCAAAAAAAGACUUGGAAGAAGGAGAUACCAUUUAUGAAUUCAAGCCGUUCCUACAAAACGUUGACCAGUCAUGUGAAAAAUCAUGUCAUCACUGCUUGAAGGAUAAAGAGGGCCUAUCGUUCAUAUGCAAUGGAUGUGUCAAACAGGAUUUGAGUAAAGAGAACUGCGAGAAUUGUGAUAGUGAGAUACCAAAGGAACUAAUUAGAAAAAAAUACAUGCUAAUCAUUGGACUGCUUUUGGAGGACAAUUGGUUGCAUAACUCUGUGGAUAUUCUAUAUGAUUUGACUAUUGGGACGAUAGAACGUUGUAGUUUCAUCAAUUCACCCGAAGAUGUUAAGGAUUGGAUGGCAGCAUUUGAGUCAACAAGAAAAUACGUUCCAUUAAAAUCUUGGCCGCUGCAAAUUCUGGUAAAUUUUAUCAAGGAGUACUAUGAAAACAGAGAGCAGGACAGUUUCCAAAGGGUGAGAUUCACAUUACUUUCGAAUGUGCAAAUGGAUGAAGGAGGGCUGUCCAGGGGACUGCAAUUUUACGAACUGUCCGUAUCAUUAGACGCCUGGAUUCAGUAUAAUAAAGACAAAAAUACGCAGCAGACUAAUAGAAUGUGCGUUUCAUUGGCAUGCCAAGCUUAUAAGCAUCUGGGAAAAUAUAUAGGAUUCAAUUCGCUACCUAUGGUUGAUCUGGAUAGUCUGAUCAAAGAAAGAGGAGGACGGAAAUUGACGGUUGAGGAGAUGAAAUGGUCACUCAACGAAUUUGGAACAUUAUGCCAAUAUGAGAAGAAACUUGGAGAUUUAUUAGAAACAACAACGCAAUGGAAAACCAAGCUAAACAAAGAAAACGAUAAAGCUAUAUGUUUCAAAGUGACUCCUACCUCAACUACAUCUACAUCUACAUCAUCGUCUUCGAUCUUCAGCUCUUCGACGUUUUUUGCUCCUGAAGAUACUGUGGUCGCCGUUUCUAUGACCAGCUACUACUCUACCAACUAUGCUUACUCUCAACUUUUCUAUGUGACGGAUUCAGGUACAACGUUUAGUACUGCUGUACCACUAACGGCCACCACGUCUGUACCAUUAGGGGCCUCGGCUAUCGACUACUUUUCUCAUCCUGAGGUAAUCACCACCGACUUGGCAGACUUCAAGUCUAAUCACUAUAGCUAUCUUCCGGACGAGUUGCAGGCCAGCUCUACCAAGAAGAAGCUCAGUGUGGGUGCCAUUGCUGGUAUAGCCAUCGGUGCUCUUAUAGGACUUGCUGCAGCAGUUUUACUUUUGUUCUUCCUGAUACGUAGAAACCGCCGUAGGAAGACGGGUAAUGUGUUCAGUGGUAGCUUCAACUUUAUGAAAACCGGAGGAGAAAAGUCUGACGAUAACCUCAGAGAUACGAACUCUUCGAAUUCACAUUAUGGAACGUUUGAUGUGGAUAGAAAGAAGGAGUAUGUUCCCGAUUUAGGGAUCUCUGAAAAAGUGGCUUCAAUUCCAUCUAUGCCGCCUCCGGUUCCACCACCUCCAAGAAAGUCCAGAUUACUGGAAACUGGUAUCGAAGAGUCGUUCGAGCCGAUAGCGACACCAGAGCGCGAGAUGAACGUAUUGUACGAAUCUAACGAAGAGAACAACCGGAUCUCUGAGAUGCCCGAAUACAAUGAUCGCAGAUACAGGAAUCCUACAAGGUAUGAAACACUAUCAUCGAAUUUGUCGACGUUCCGAGAAGCGAUUUCCGGCGGCAAAUCGAUCAAGAGUUCACAUCCGUCUGCUCCAAAACCUAGAAAAAACAGAGUGGUGAUACAGGCAAGGUCGCCGCGUAAUGUGACACCUCCGCCUAUUGUUGCUGACACUUUGUCUUCGGUGACUUUUUCUCAGGGACGAAUAGAAAGUAUUGACAAUGACCACAAGAAUGGCCAUCAUCACUCUCGAUCUUAUGGUCAUAGCCAUAGCCGGCAUCAUUCAUAUAAUGGCCACUACAUACAGAGUCUUAACCACAAGAGACACAGCUCUACAGGUAGCUUGGGUACGAGAGACUCAAGUAACAACUCAUCGACGACAGAUUUUGAUGAAUUUGAUGACUUUGACGACGAUGAGUUUGAUGAUGCUGAUACUGAAGAUAUCUACAGUUCAUCACAGGGCUCGUCUACAUACCCUUAA